UACGUGCCUCUCCCCUACGCGUCCCACGACUGGGGGGUCAUCUCACAAGCUCCAACCAUGGACGACAUUUACAAAGCAGCGGUAGAGCAGCUCACAGAAGAACAGAAAAAUGAGUUCCGGGCUGCUUUUGACAUCUUCGUGCAGGAUGCGGAGGACGGCUGCAUCAGCACUAAGGAGCUGGGGAAGGUGAUGAGGAUGCUGGGACAGAACCCCACUCCGGAGGAGCUGCAGGAGAUGAUUGACGAGGUGGAUGAAGAUGGCAGUGGCACGGUGGACUUUGACGAGUUCUUAGUCAUGAUGGUGAGGUGUAUGAAGGACGACAGCAAAGGAAAAUCUGAAGAAGAACUGGCAGAGCUCUUCAGAAUGUUUGACAAGAAUGCGGAUGGCUACAUUGACCUCGAAGAGCUGAAGAUAAUGCUGGAAGCCACUGGAGAAGCCAUCACUGAGGAUGACAUAGAGGAGCUGAUGAAGGACGGAGACAAAAACAACGAUGGAAAGAUUGAUUAUGAUGAGUUCUUGGAGUUCAUGAAGGGAGUAGAAUAAACUGGAGAAGAUUUAAAUGCUACCAUACCCCCACCCCCACCACCAUGCACCACCACCAAAGUCCCUCAGUUCCUGGUGGGAUUUUGUAUGUUGCCUUUAUUGGGCUGAACUGGCAUACAGACUAAAUACAGUAAAAGGUCAUUACUGCUGCACAAUUACAACCCCAGUACUUCUGAAACGGCCUAAGAUAAAUAAAUAUUUCCCUUUUUUAUUUUAUAGUCAAUGUUUUGUUAUUCUACUGUACAUACAGGUUUGUGGCAAGAUUUUGAAAUGCUAUAUCUGUAAAAUUAUCUAAUAAAACCCGAAUUAAAAUUCUA